AUGUAUUCAGCCUUCUCUGGUCAUUCUGCCUUCUCUGGUCAUUCCGUCUACUCUGAUCAUUCCGCCUACUCUGGUCAUUCCGCCUACUCUGGUCAUUCUGCCUACUCUGAUCAUUCCGCCUACUCUAGUCUUUCCGCCUACUCUGAUCAUUCCGCCUACUCUGGUCAGUCUGCCUACUCUGGUCAUUCCGCCUACUCUGGUCAUUCCGCCUACUAUAGUCUUUCCGCCUACUCUGGUCAUUCCGCCUACUCUGGUCAUUCCGCCUACUCUGGUCAUUCUGCCUACUCUGAUCAUUCCGCCUACUCUGGUCAUUCCGCCUACUCUGAUCAUUCUGACUGA